GAAAUUUUGGUUAUUGAACUUAGUUUUUUAUUAUUUAUCUGCUAUCCAGCCAAGAAUCUGACUCCCAAACCAAAGAGAAGAACUCGUGAAUUCAUGUGUUAAACAUUGCGGAUUUCCCCCCUACUCUCUUUCUCUCUCUCUCCUCUGUUCAGUGACAGGGUAGCGGAGACUCAGACUGUAUCGUAGUCGAGGAGUCGUGCCGGCAACUUCGUCGGAGCAGGAUCUAUCCUCCGUUACUCACAUUUUAUUCAACGCUUACAGGAUCUUUUGGUUUCGUGACUGGGCUGCACAUUGCACCAUAGUGAAUUCUUGUUAUAAGACAUCACCAGCUUUAAAUAAGAUUGACAGCCUUAGUCAUAGAGUAUUAAAUAAUCGUUAACCGAGAUAAUGAUAUCAGCGCAGACACUUUAAACAAGAAAACAAGACUUGUUUUUGUAAGAUGUGAAAAACUGUAGCUCGUUAAGCUAACAUAACAGAUUGAAGACGUAGAAUAUACAAACCUAAUUGUGAUAUACGAAUAGGAUGAAUUCUGAAACUAUUCUCCUUUUCACCCUUCUCUUCUCCAGUCAGUCAGUUUGGUCAGAUGACGAUGAUUUCUUUGACGACUCCUUUCACGAGGACUUUGAUGAUCUGGAGAAACAAAAUGAGUUCUCUGGAAAAAUAGAAGAUGGCUGGAGGAACUGGGAGGAAAGGUGUCUAGAGAUAGGGGGUGAGAAGAUUCUAGAGAGCUGGCAGAGAGAGCAGGAGCAGCUUAUCUACUGCUUCACGGAGCAGUUCGAUCAGGAUACAAUCCUCCGAGAGAUAGAGGACAAGAAGAAAUCUGGAGAUCUGGACGAGGUUUUUAAGAAAUAUUGCGGGAGUCCUAUUAGUAAACUUCGGAGCUGUCUAGAGAACUUUCUCACCAUAUCUCAUCAGUGUUUGCAUCAGGAGGAUAGGGUGGGACUCAACAUCACACUCAAGAUGGUAGAUGCUGCAAUAAACUUCACAUGUCAUAACUCUGGGGACAGAAUAGCAUUAUUUAUGGCGGAGUCUGGUAUGGAUUGCGUCCAGGAGAACAAGGAACAUAUACUCACAUGUCUCAACAAAUCCGUUCCAGAGAUAUUUCAGAAUGAUGGAAGAAACGGAGGUAGAAUGCAUUUUUACGUGUUUCAGCAGGAAAACUGCAGGUAUAAACUGUUUAUUUACGGGUUUCAGCAGGAAAACUGCAGUUAGAAAAUGUUUAUUACC